ACCGGAAAAUUUUGUCAACAAAAACUUUUGAGAGCCUCUUUUCACCGCUGGUGUGGUGUGUAUUUGUCAGAUUUUAAAACCCACUAAAAAUAACCCACAUAAGGCGUAAAAAUGCAAGUCCCGCCGGUGUUUAUAGACGUUAACUUCGAGGACCAGGCUCAAGAACUGAGGGUGUAUUUGAAGAGUGUCGGUGCCGAAAUAUCCGAGGAAAAGUCCGAUAAGGGUAUUGAAGAUGAUUUGCACAAAAUCAUUGGCGUUUGUGAAGCCUGUUUCAAAGAAGGCCAAGAUGCGGAGGUUGAAAUGGUUCUCAAUGAUAUUGUCUCCAUUAUGGUUUUGAUUCCAUUGGAAAGGUCAGAAAAUUUAAUCUUGGCAUUCUGUGAGAAACUUACUAAAGCACAAGGACAAAAAUUGGGACUUGUCUGCUUAAGAGCGUUAUGGCUGUUGUUUCAAAGUUUGGAUCAAGCAUCACCAAUGAGAUAUCAUGUGUACUAUCACUUGAUUCAAGUAGCCAAACAGACUGAUCAAGUCAAAUCUGUCUUCCAAGAUGUUGAGCACUUGAAACAACAAUUUGCUGCUUGUGUACCUUCCAGCGAACAAUUGCAAAAACUUUACAGGCUCCUUCAUGAAGUUUUGGUUAACAGCAAUCAAAGUGAACAUGCAGCCAAAGUGAUGAUUGAACUCCUUGGCACCUACACUGACAAGAAUGCAGCUCAGGCUCGUGAAGACGCAAUUCGUUGCAUUGUAACUGCAUUGGCUGACCCCAACACCUUCCUCUUGGACCCUCUUUUAUCCUUGAAACCUGUUAAGUUCUUGAAAGGAGAAUUAAUUCAUGACCUACUCAACAUCUUUGUAAAUGAUAAUCUGGCUGCAUACUUGAAAUUUUACAAGGAGCACAAGGAGUUUGUAAUUAAACAGGGAUUGAAUCAUGAACAAAACAUGCAAAAAAUGAGGCUGUUGUCUUUCAUGCAGCUGGCUGAGACCAACCCUGAAAUAGAUUUUGAUGUUAUUGAGAAGGAAUUGCAAAUCAAGCCUGAGGAGGUUGAAGCUUUCAUUAUUGAAGUAUUAAAAACCAAAUUGGUGAGAGCAAGAAUGCACCAAUCUGCGAGGAAAGUGUUUGUUUCAAGCACAAUGCACAGGACUUUUGGUAGAGCUCAGUGGCAACAGCUCAGGGAUUUGUUACAUUCAUGGAAGACCAAUAUUAGCAGUGUACAAGAGGGAAUGAAGAAUAUCACCCAAGCACAGAUUGAACUUUUAAACCAAUAAAUUGUAACGUUUUUUACAAAGUUUAAAUAAAAUAUAAAAUAGGUAGAACGUUUA